AUGGGUGCUGCUGCACUCACGUCUCCACAGCCCAAAACACUGACUGCAACAGCAAAGCAGAAGCGCAAGAAGAUACCAAAACCACCAUCAAGAUGUCUCAGCACAAGUUCCAACAUGCCUAGUACCGUGAACAAGACAAGGAAGGGACAUAAAGCACGACAUAAGCCACUAGGGCUCGGCACGCGACCUGGCGCUCACAAGCAGCUACCCAUCAUCAUUGACGGUGACGAUGCUAUCGACGCGGAUGAGGUUUUGGAGGCAGGUCCAAGCUUGGCUUCUCGUGCCUUCAGUCUACCAGCCGGCCUAGCCAGUCGAAUCGUUUCGCUUACCAGUGGUUCUUCCGCCGACGGUCGCAAAGUCGCUACUUCUGUCGAUCCUAUACUUGGCUUCUACUCUUCUUCUGCGACUUUACUUCGACAGAAUCACACUCAUCCUGACUCGCCGCAGAGGUUCCGUCUACAGCGUCCAGACGAGCCGCACUUGUUCGAGGAGAGAUUAUGCUCAUUACAAUCAUUGCCUCGCGCCCCACUUGCCAACAAGCUUACGCAUCAAAGGCAAGGUCAACCAGCGAAUGACCCCCCUGCUCAGCCACAAUUCCAGAGCGCGCUGUCUCCAGUCGUGCAUCCCCGCCCCUGGCAAGGCUCUGGUUUAUCGAAUGCACUCGCACCUACACGGGAUCCCGAAGACUCUUCUCACCAUGAUCGAACGUUGUCAGUGGCACCAUCAUUUGCCGAUGACAGAAGCGAACUCACUCUCGCUGAUAUUUCUGAUAUGUAUCUACGAGCGAAAACUGCGCAGCUUAUGUGUGUUGCUCCUGGAAUCCCUGUGGCAGAUUUGUACCGUCUUCUGAACGAUGAAAAAGGUCGCUCUGAGGCUGCAAAACGAGCAUUAUCCAACGCCAGUCAAUCUCCUUCCAAUCUACUUUCGCUAAGCCCAGUUGCUCUGACCAGAGCUACAACUGUGCCGCGCACAACACUCUUUGCCAUUGAAGACCAUGACAGAGACGAAAUUUACAUCAAAACGGACCUGAAUGACCCAGCCUUCAUGUGGGACAACGACGUUCCUGCUACGCCGCCACCAGAGCCCCGUGGACUGAGGCAGAACAGUCAGGCAAAGCUGAAGAAGCCUACGGGCAAGUCUUUCGCGAGGCCACCUGUCAGAGCUCGGCUUUCUAAACCUGCCGUCACCUGCUCAUCAAAGACGUCCAAGGAGCAAGCUACAAAAUCUACUAGAAACGCGUUGAAAGAGAGUACUACAAAGAAACUGAAGGGAAGGAGCGCUGGUGAUAUCAAUCGUGGAGUACGUGAGACAAGCUACGAUCGUAGUUUCAUUGUUUUUGAUGAUGUAUUGAUUGAGGAAUCCGAUGUCACUUACUCCGGUAGCGACGACGGUACCACGAGCGACACCGACAUGAACGAUGACGAAACAGGUCUGAGUAUAGACAUGGAAACUCAGUCUACAUUCAACGUUGACAUCUUGUCGAGUCCAGGACAUAGGCGGUAA